AUGGCGUCUACUUACAGGAAAACUCUAGUUGAAUUGAUUGUGUCAAAACCCUCAAUAGGUUCACACUAUUCUGGAGACACAAUGAUUAGUGAUAUGGAAUCCGUGGAACUUGAUAGAAAUACUCCAUUGGAAAUCCAUUUUAUUUGGAUCACUGUAGUUUUACGAUUCAAUUUGGAGGGCAAGUCCAAGGGUUAUGAAAAUGUCUCCCUGGCACAUUUGUUCAUGAUGAACAAUGCUUACUACAUUAUUCAGAAAAUCAAAGGGAGCACAGAAUUGCGAGAGCUAAUAGGAGACUAUUUUGUGGAGAAGAUAAUACAAAGAGUCCAGCACGAGGAAAGUAACUAUUUGACAUCAACCUGGGAUAGGGUGUUGUACCCAUUGGAGUUUAAGGCACUACAAGCGGGGUGGAGGGGCUUGUACCCAAUGGAAUAUAAGGCGAUACAAGUGGAGUGGAUUAGCACAUAUUUUACAGAGUAUACAGUGAGGCAUAGUCUACUGAUAUUCCAUGCCAUGUUUGAAAGAGCCCAUGAGACACAAGCGAAAUGGUUGGUUUUGGAUUUGCAGCUGCGGGAGGAGCUUCAUCUGUCCAUAUUGAAGAAGUUGAUUCCGAUUUACAGAUCAUUUAUGGAUCAAUUGCAUGAAAGGUAUGGAAAACAAUUCGAGAAAUACAUCAAGUACUCGGUUGAGGAUCUAGAGACUGCAGUCUCAGAUUUCUUCAAGGGUCAUCCAGUAUCCAAGCAAUUGAGGACAUCUCAAUCAAAAUGGUGGAAAUGUGGAAUAAUUCCAUGA